AAUGCUAAACAGUAACGUAGUAAAAUCAGUGUACCAUUGUUGAAAUGUUUACAAAUCACAAAGCCCAAAAGGUAGCAUGGUACCCUUCAGUUCAGUCCUCAGCUCAGGUUCUGUCUGUGCGGACAUGUGUCAUGCGUUUCAUGUGUUCUCCCCAUAUCUGCUUGCAUUUCCUUUGGAUUCUCUGGCUUCCUUCCACCUCACAAAAUCAUGCAGCUUCAGUAUAUGGUCAACCAUUUUGGAAACCUGACCAUCACACCUUUAUGUGGGCCUAUCCACCUCCUCGACCUGUCAUCAGUGUCUGAUCUCACUAAUGCUCUGAUCUCACUAAAGCUCCAUAAUCUAGUGGAAAUCUUUCCCAGAAGAGUAGAAGUUAUAUAACAACAAAGAUGGGAUAAUAUCUGGAAUGGGAUGUUCAACAAGCACAUAUAGGUGUGAAGGUCAGGUGUCCACUAACUUUUAUAUAGUGUGUAUAUAGUGCCAUAUAGUGUGUGUAGGUGGAUUAGUGACUCUAAAUGAACCCUUAAGUGUGUGUGUGUGUGUGUGUGUGUGUGUGUAUGGUGACCUGUGUACCAUCCAUGGUGUAUUGUAAUUUUGUGCCCCGUGUUCCUGGGAUAGUCUCCGGAGCUAUUGCCACCCUGACCAGAAUAAAGCACAUAAGAUGAAUGAAUAAAUAAAUGUAAGAAUCCCAAAAUGUUUACACAAAAUAUGAGAAACCCCAACCAAAUAUGUGCACUAGAGCUAACAACUCACUGUAGCUCCUCUGUGAUAGUAGGGCUAACGGGUGUAGGAACAAAGUGUACCUAAUAAAGUGGCCACAGAGUGUAUGGCCUUAUAUCCCAAACCAAAUUGUAUCCACUACAAUCUGUGUAAAAAUAUGAGAAUUGUGAAUGCACGUGGACGGAAAGCACGCGCUACACAAAUCAGCCAAUCACAGAGCACGCUGUGCGCCAAACGCUAUAAAUGGGAGCAGCGCGCGCGCCAGAUUUUCAAACCAGUUUAUUGUAGUUUCUGUUGAAACGCCAGAAAAUGCGUUUAGCUCGCUAGUGUCUUUACUCAAGGUGGGUCUUGAGGUGCCACCACUCCUGUGUAAAAUUAUCACGAUAUAGUUUUCUUGUCUAAAUCAUGAUGGCAGACAGAAAGCAACCCAUCAAGAGCGCUUCCCGUAAACACGGCUCAGAUAAGACGAGAAGUUUUCCACACUUGAAGCCUCUCUCCGUUUAUUCUCGCAUGGUCUUCUACAAAGCCACCGAUUCCUGUUUGGGCAGUCCGUCCUGGAGUCCUGACAGUCCUUCCUGGAACUUGAACCUCGAGUUAAGUAACAGCAAGACGUCUGUAGGACACAAGAGGCGAUUGGAUGAUUCAUGCCUUGAUGAGACGUACGAUACUCCGCCGAAAAAACCCUGUUUUGCCAAACACCCUUCUCCAGCUUCAGCCUAUGUUUUAGAUUCCUUUGAUGCUUUCCGACAAGUGAAGCUCGUCUCCCCACAAUCCUCCUCCGUAAUACUAGAGGAGAUUAAAAGGGUAGAAAAACCUCUGUCUCAUCAGAAAUCAUUAGGCCGGGGCUGGAUUGAUGGUAAUGAUAAGACUGAUGGACGAAUCAGUGUGUCACUUACUAAUGUUCACUCAAGCAGCCCAGUGAUUGUACACAAUGAAGACAGUGCGGAUGUUAUUGCUUUUGAUUAUGACGAGAAUGAGAUCAUGUGUCUGAGCCCAAUUGACAGUGCUGAUGUCAGCGCUGAUGGCCUGGAGGAUUUCAUUCAGAGCCGUCAGAUUUAUUAUGAGGAGUUUCCGGCCGAGGAGGGCCACAGCUCGUGGUGUAGCUCAAGGCAAAAACAAGGGAAAUCGGAGUGCUUGCUUGGCAAAGACGCACAAAUGGGAAGCGAUGAAGGUUAUGUUACAAAAUCGUAUUAUUCAGCUGACCCAGGGGAGUCAAAGGUCACAACUGAAAGCGAGAUCACCAAAAGCGAUGAGGUGCAUUUUAUAAAAUCGUAUAAAAUUACUAUCCCAAAUUUGUCAAAUGACAAAACACCGCCUGUGUCCACCCCAUUCAUGUCCACCCCAUUGGAAAAAUUUAGGGAGCUUGUUAAGCGAACUCCAAUUUUAAGUCCUAAACUAGAUUUGGACAAAGAGAGCUGGUCCUCACCUACAGUAAUUUGCGAGUCUGUAAAAGCCUCCUCUGCCAUUUCCCUAAGAGCGAAUGUGAACUUGGACGCUGGUAAUACAGAAGCAUUUCCCAGGACAAUCCCCUUCCUGAAUGUCAACGAGAGUAAAGAGGGUAACAUAGUGCGUGAAGGCACGUCGAUCCAGAAGUCGUUAGUGUGCCACUAUCAGGAGAAGCAGACUGCUAACCAGGUGAAAGCGCAUGAGGAUGUGCUGUCGGUCAGUCAGCAGCAGACAGACUCCGAGAUUCGAGUGAUGUUCAGGGAGGAAACGGACACUACAGACAGCUUCAAGAUCACGCUGCCUCUUCAGGUCCAGGUGAAGUCGAAGGUGGGUUUGCCCAACACGCAGCAACCAGAAGCAGUCAAAGCAAGAGCACGUCAACAGCCAGAGAAGAAAGCAACGUCUGAGGGCCAAAGAAAUGUCUUCAAAGACAUCCCAAGACCAGUGGUAUUGUACAGAGAGGAGGACUGGGAGAAAGAGAAGAAGGUGUAUGUGGACUCGGUGACUAGACACAUGACUGAUAAUGUGGAAGGGGGUGUAAUGAAUGAGCUUUUGCAACUCAUGAACGCCAUAGCCAAUCAGAGGAGAGGACAUGAUGGGAGAAAGUGGCAGCACCCGUCUGACCUCACCCGCAGAAACUACCAGUUGCGUAACAGCAACCGUUUACUCUCGCUGGAUGAGUGGCAGAACCUGAGCUAUCGUAACCAUCGCCGCUUUGCUAAAGUGCCUCAGAUGUUCAAGCGAAGCCGAGUGCUUUAAUACUUUUCAGCAAAGCAAACGUCGCACCCUCCCCACCCCACUCCAGCCUCUUUGCAUAUCCAGCAUCUCAGUUGGACCCAGUGGGUACCAGUUGUGGUCUCUUGCUCUUUUCUUUGACACUUCUUUUGUUUCUGUGUUUGAAAAGUAAGUUGCUGUGGAUUUUUUUUUGUAUGGUGUGUGUGUGCAUGUAUGUGUUAGAUUUUAGAUGUUUGUGGUUUGACACUGGUGUAACAGAGGUACACACAUUACAAAUGUAAUGUGUAAAUAUAAUGUCACAGCACUGUCAUAAGAAAUGAAGUGAUUGCAGAAUCAUUGAUUUCUCUCUGGGUUGUAAAUUCCUUUUAACUAUGUACAAAAUUGUGAAUUUUAUCAGAGGUGAUUAUUUUAUCCCUCUUCUAAAUUUACUCCCUCUACAACAACCACUUCUUGAUUUUUGUCACUUUAUUCCCAAACAGACAAACACUGUCCAGAACCUGCACUCUUAUACUUGUGUGUGCCUUUGAACUUGUUGGAUCUGUCCCCUGUUUUAUUUUUGUGGGUGUUCAGGUUCCUAUAUACUUGUGUGUUCAUUUUGCAGGUUUGUGGCUGUGUAUUGUCACUGUUUUAGGCACUUUUUGUACCAUUUGUUUGAUUUCACAUGAAAAUUAAAUUAUAGAAAAUC